CUUUAUCUUAACGUCGUCUUCUUCCUUUUCACGCAUGGACACAAAACUAAAGAAGCUUUUUCGCAAUUCUCGCUUAGACUUUCCUACUCGAUGGUCAACCCCACCCCCAUCUACAUUCGAGCGUCCAGAUAGGCCAAGGCAGUCACUUGAUUGUCCACCUAGACUCGAUACCAAAUCCCCUCCACAACGCCGAACAUGGAGAAAACCACUGCCCCAAGAUGCGCCAAAGAUCAAACUUACCGCCAAACCAGAUUAUAAACAAAUGGAUCGCAACGUUAGCUUAGCUCUCGAUGCACUUAGUGCCUGCGAUUUCAACGAGUUGCCUGCGCAGCUCAAGGCUGAAUUGGUCAGACAACAAAACGCAAAGCCUGCUAGUCAACUGAAAACCCUCGGUACCGCCAGCUCGUUGUAUCCAAAAAGCGUCGGUCACCAUACCCCGAGACCUAAAAUCAUGUCUCAAUACCCUGUUCGCCAAACAUCUUUAUCGUAUCAGAACAACCCCCAAGUGACUGCUCGUCUGCAAGAUAUGGACAAGAAUGUAAACCAGCGACUCAGCCGAUACUCCUUAGAGAGUAAUAUGAGCGAUAAUACAUCGGGUGAAGAGUCUUUAGGCCCUGCAACGCCAAGACAUUCGCUUUCGCCUAUGACGGAAACCACUUCACAUCAAUCCAUGCCUCCAGAACCUCCUAAGCACAAGUUUGAAUUACCGCAAAUUGUCAUGACCGGCUCCGAAAAUUCACUCCCAAACUCUCCAUCGUCCGAUGCUAAAAUUGCCCCCAGUGUGCAUACACCUAACGAUCAAAACACCGUUCAUAUCAAGCGACAAAAUGAAAAUACAGUGCAUCUACGACCCAAGGUUGCUUCCAUUAAGAGAACAUCGUCGGUACGAAGACGGCCUAGUGCCCGCCGCCAUGUGUCACUGAGACGUCAUGUUAAUGAUAUACUUUCCGGUGCGUUUGAAGAAGCUGAUGAUGAGUGGGAAAACGAGAGUGACGAAGAAGAUGACAUGAAUGAUCACUUGCAAGUUUGGACUCGUCGGUCGUUUCAACUCGAUAACCAAUCCAUCCCUGCCCACUGUUAAAAACUGGCUUGUCCCUACUUAAAAGAACCCAUGUAUAUCUCUGUAAAAAUUUUAAAUAACAAAAUGCCCCCCCCACUCAUUUUUGCAAAAACUAGCUAACUAUCGCGCUCCUUACCAAAUAAAUUAUGCUCUUAUUCCCUGCAAAA